AUGAUGAGAUCUCUUCUUCUUGGCUUUGCCUGCUUGGCCACCACUUAUGGUGCGGCAGUUGGAAAACGUGCCCCUACUCCUUUCUCCAACUUCACCAAGAACGAAUUCUUCAAGCCUGCGGCUGAUGCUCAGCUCUGGGGUACACUCUAUGCCCGGUCACUCCAGUUGCCUGACGAGUCCCUGCUUAUGACCUGGGAAAAUUACCCAGCUGAGUCCAAAGAAUACCCUGUCAAUCACCCGAUCUACAAGUCGGUCGAUGGGGGUGCAACUUGGUCCAAUUUUAGUGCCGUCAAAGACACGCAAAACGGUUGGGGCAUGCGCUUCCAGCCAUUCCUGUACACACUCCCCACCGAUUUCGGUGGUUAUGCCAAAGGCACUAUACUCGCCGCUGGUGUAUCGACCCCUGAAAGCCUAGAAGGCGGUGUUUACAUUGAUGUUUAUGCCAGCAAAGACAGCGCAAAGACUUGGGAAUUUGUGUCUCAUAUUGCAUAUGGCGAUGGACCAAACACAAUUCAAAAUGGUAAUAAAGCGCUAUGGGAGCCCUUCUUCUUGAUGUAUGGCGGAAAGCUGGUCUGUUAUUACUCUGACCAGCGUGACCCGAACCAUGCGCAGAAGCUCGUUCAUACCACCACUACCGACCUCAAGAACUGGUCAGACAUUGUCGACGAUGAGGCUGAGAGUAACUAUGACGCUCGCCCUGGUAUGACCACUGUGGCUCACAUCGAGAGUACUGAUAAGUGGAUCAUGACUUGGGAACGCUGCGGCGUGGAUUCCUGCAGAAUCUAUUACAAAAUCUCCGAUAGCCCUCUUACAUUUGGGCCUAUUCCCGGUACCAGGCUCCAAGCCACCGACGGUAGUUUGUUCACCAGUGGACCAUACGUGACUUGGGUUCGUAACCCUUACACCAACGACGGCUCUGGUAUCAUUAUCAUCAGCACCACUUCUUCCGAGAACCUUCUGAUUCAAGGUGAUAAUCCAGCUGAAGGAAAGUGGAAGAAGGUCGACAUCAACCACUGGUCUGCCUACUCUCGGAGUGUCAGAGAGAUUACUAUCAAGGGAACUAAGCGACUGCUACUCGGGAACGGUGGCAACUUUGGAGACAAGAAGUAUAAUGGGAUUGCUGAUGCUGUGGUUCCUAUCCCAAAGCUCUGA